AUGAUCGAGCUCGAGUGUCUUGGUUCAGCAUGGGCCAUGCACAAGUGCAGACAAUUUCUAGAGGGGUUGUCGACUUUCGAACUUGUGAAAGACCACAAACCCCUGGGGCCCAUCUUAAACAGUUACGCGCUGGACAAACUCGGCAAUCCCCGCCUUCUUCGUCUACGCCUCAAAGUGCAGCGCUCUUCAUUUGUCGCUCGAUGGGUGCCCGACCAACAAAACAUGGAUGCCGACGCCCUAUCGCGGGCACCCGUCGAUCAAGCAUCCGCCGUUGACGAACUGGGCGAGGGCCUGCCCGCGUUUCCAAAAAAAUCGCUCUACUGA